AUGGCCAUACCGCCAGAUCAGGUGGACCUGGGGCACAUCCUCGGUCCGGACGGUGCAGGGGACACCUUUGAUGACAUCUGGGGCUCGGAACCAUCUUCCCCUACGGCCCUAGAACGGGGCCAUGACCAUGACCAUGAUCAUGAUGCCACCACCACCUCGGACGUCCCCCGCCCCCGCGAGACGGCUCACCACGUGUCUGACAUUCCGAGGCUUCAAGCCGAGCACACAACGGCGGGAUACCGCGAGGGUGUCACGGCAGGGAAAGCCGAGAGCCUCCAAGCCGGCUUCGACGAGGGCUUCAGCCUAGGCGCCGCCAUCGGGUCCAAGGCCGGCCAGCUCCUCGGCCUCCUCGAGGGGAUCGCGCAGGCCCUCGCCGGCCACGCGGACACGACGACGGCGGUGGCCCGGGAGGAGGCGACAAAGGCGGUCCAAGACGCCCGCGCUGACCUCAGCAAGGAGCGGCUUUUCACGGCGGACUUGUUCAACAGCGACGGGACAUGGAAGUACCCGGUUGCCGGUGGUGCGGCGGCCUUUUCGGCAGGCGAAGAAGGGGAUGGCGCUACCGUAGCCGAGGAGGGGGACGUCGUGUUCGCGUCCGUGGCUGACGCACACCCGCUGAUCGCUCGGUGGACGGCUGUCGUGGAUGCUGCUAUGGAGCGGUGGGGGAUCGAUCCUGCCAUCUUUGACGAAGCGCGGCCCCACGACGAUGGUGACGACCAUCAUGACCACCACCACCACCACCACCACCACCACCACCACCCUCACCAGCGCGAAGGCGAUCGUCGUCAGGCUCCCUUGGAGGAGGAGAGGACCUCGACUAGUGUAGCGCCUCCGCAGAGCAAGAAGCCUUUGGAUUGGUGA